AUGCUCACCUCGACGCGUUCGCUGCAAGUGCUACUCGUCGCUGCGACAGGAGCUUAUGCUCAAUUCGUGUUUCCUGACUGCACCAAUGGAAGACUGAGCAAUGAGACCAUUUGCGAUGCCUCCGCAUCACCGCUGGCUCGCGCAAAGUCUUUGGUAGCUCUUUACACCCUCGAGGAGAAGAUUAAUGCUACAAGCAGCGGCUCCCCAGGUGUUGCUCGUCUCGGCAUACCACCUUACCAGUGGUGGAACGAGGGUCUCCACGGCAUUGCUGGCCCGUAUACCAACUUCAGCGAUGAAGGGGAGUUUAGCUACUCAACUUCGUUUCCCCAGCCCAUUUUGAUGGGUGCGGCCUUCGAUGAUGAUCUCAUCACCGAAGUUGCAAAGGUCAUCUCAACCGAAGCGCGUGCAUUCAACAACGCGAACAGAACCGGUCUUGACUUCUGGACGCCCAACAUCAACCCUUUCCGUGAUCCUCGCUGGGGCCGUGGUCAGGAGACACCUGGUGAAGACCCCUACCACCUGUCUUCUUACGUCCAGGCUUUGAUCCACGGACUCCAGGGCGAUGCGUCUGACCCGUACAAGCGUGUUGUCGCGACUUGCAAGCACUUCGCUGGUUACGAUGUCGAGGACUGGAACGGAAACCUCCGUUACCAGAACGAUGUCCAGAUUUCUCAGCAAGAUCUUGUCGAGUACUACCUCGUCCCAUUUCAGGCCUGCGUUCAAGCGAACGUGGGUGCUUUCAUGUGCAGCUACAAUGCGGUCAACGGUGUGCCAACAUGCGCUGAUCCUUACUUGCUUCAGACGAUUCUUCGUGAACACUGGGGCUGGACUAAUGAAGAGCAAUGGGUCACAUCUGAUUGCGACGCUGUUCAGAACGUCUACCUACCGCACGAAUGGUCUUCAACUCGUGGAGGUGCUGCCUCCGACUCUUUGAAGGCUGGUACCGACCUUACUUGCGGCACUUACAUGCAGGAGCAUCUACCCGCUGCUUUCCAGCAAGGUCUGCUCGAAGAGUCUGUUCUCGAUCAGGCCCUCGUCCGCCAGUACUCCUCGCUUGUCCGCUUGGGUUACUUCGACUCUCCCGAUAAGCAGCCAUACCGUCAGCUCGGAUUCGACGCGGUCGCCACGAACGCUUCGCAAGCGCUCGCACGCAGAGCCGCUGCCGAGGGUAUCGUUCUGCUGAAGAAUGACGGCACACUGCCACUCUCUCUUGAUUCGUCCACUUCAGUCGGACUCUUCGGCGAUUGGGCAAACGCAACCUCCCAGCUCCUUGGUAACUAUGCUGGUGUUGCUACGUACCUACACUCUCCACUGUACGCUCUGGAGCAGCUCAACAUCACCAUCAACUACGCAGGCGGUAACCCCGGUGGUCAAGGUGACCCAACAACAAACCGAUGGUCUAACCUUUACGGUACCUACUCUACUAGCGAUGUUUUAAUUUAUGUUGGUGGUAUCGACAACAACGUUGAGGAAGAAGACCAGGAUCGUACAUACCUUACAUGGACUGGAGCCCAGCUCGAUGUCAUUACCGAGCUUGCUGAGACAGGAAAGCCAGUCAUUGUUGUGGUCACUGGAGGAGGCCAGAUCGACAACACCCCUCUCGUGAACAACCCCAACAUCUCCGCUAUCCUUUGGGCCGGAUAUCCUGGUCAGGAUGGAGGUUCUGCCAUUAUCGACAUCAUCACUGGAAAGACUGCUCCCGCUGGACGUCUACCCACCACUCAGUACCCCUCCAAUUACAUUGCCAAAGUCUCCAUGAUGGACAUGAACCUGCGCCCUGGUGAGAACAACCCCGGCCGCACCUACAAAUGGUACAACGGAAGCGCUGUCUACGAGUUCGGCCACGGUCUGCACUACACCAACUUUUCCGCCAAUGUUACUACCCAGAUGCAGAACAGCUACGCUAUCUCUGCCCUCACCCAAAACUGCAACACCACUGGAGGCUUCCUCGAACGCUGCCCCUUUGCUUCCGUCGACAUCGAAGUAUCCAACGACGGCGACGUUACUUCUGACUACGUCACUCUUGGUUACAUUGCCGGAGAGUUUGGUCCCGCUCCUCACCCCAAGAAGUCACUCGUCUCUUACAAGCGUCUUCACAACAUCGCAGGCGGCGCCUCUGACACCGCGACUCUUAACCUUACCCUCGCGUCACUUGCUAGGGUUGACGAGAUGGGCAACAAGGUUCUCUACCCUGGUGACUACACCUUGUUGAUUGAUAACCACCCGCUUGCAAGUGUCAACUUCACUUUGACCGGCGAGCAGACUACGCUGGACUUGUGGCCUCAGCCGCCUGCUAACCGCACUGCUCAGGGUGUGAAGGGGGUUGGCGAUUACUGGUACGGAGGAUAUGGAAGCGAGUACGCAGAGGAGCCUGCAAAUCUCCAGAACACUAUGUGA